CCUAAAUUCUUCAAUUCAAUACACUCCAUACACUUUCACUUCAAACAAACCAACAAACUCUCUUUCUUUCUCUCAUUUCUUCUUCACUUUUCCCUCUUUUUUUCUGGGUUUUUUCAACUCAAUCUCUUCGAUUCACCUCCAUUAAUCUUCAUCAAUGGAAGCUCAAAAUCUCCCUGAAUCUUUACCCCAAUCUUUAGAUUCCUACCCUUCUCAACCUCCUCACCAAACCCUAGCUUCUUACCAAGAACUUAACGACCAAACCCUAACCCUAGCUCAGACUCAAUCUGACCAUCAAACCCUAGAUUCUUCGCAGUUUCAGAAUAAUAACAGCAACAAUCACCAGAAUGGAAAUGGGGUGAGUGAAUCUUUGCCGAAAACCCAAAGUGGGACUACUACGGCCGACAGAGAUCAAUCCGGCGGCGAAGAGGAGACGACUAGCCGUAGAAAACGCCGGAGUAGGUGGGACCCGCCGCCGUCUUCGGAUGAUGGAGCUGCUGCUGCUGCUGCCGCCGGAGAUGGUGCCGGAAGAAAGAGGAAAUCGAGAUGGGCGGAUGACGAGCCGAAGCCUGCGUUUCAGUUGCCUGAUUUCAUGGGAGGUAUUGAAUUUGACCCUGAAGUUCAAUCACUUAAUAGUAGACUUCUUGAAAUUAGUAGGAAAUUGCAAUCUGGAUUGCCUUUAGAUGAUAGACCUGAAGGGGCUAGAUCCCCGUCCCCCGAACCGGUUUACGAUAACAUGGGAAUUAGGAUUAAUACUAGGGAGUAUCGUGCUCGUGAGAAAUUGAAUAGAGAGAGACAGGAGAUUAUAUCGCAGAUUAUCAAGAAAAACCCGGCUUUUAAGCCUCCGGCUGAUUACCGGCCUCCUAAGCUUCAUAAGAAGCUUUAUAUUCCUCAGAAGGAGUUUCCUGGUUAUAAUUUCAUUGGAUUGAUUAUUGGGCCGAGAGGGAAUACUCAGAAACGGAUGGAGAAGGAGACCGGGGCAAAAAUUGUGAUUAGGGGUAAGGGUUCUGUUAAAGAAGGGAGGUUGCAACAGAAGCAGAAUUUGAAACCUGAUCCUUCGGAGAAUGAGGAUUUACAUGUUUUGGUUGAGGCUGAUACGCCUGAAUCACUAGAGGCUGCUGCUGCUAUGGUGGAGAAGCUGUUGCAGCCGGUAGAUGAAGUGCUUAAUGAGCAUAAGAGGCAGCAGCUAAGGGAGCUUGCUGCUUUGAAUGGGACUAUUAGAGAUGAAGAGUUUUGUAGGCUGUGUGGUGAGCCUGGUCACCGACAGUAUGCAUGUCCUUCCAGAACUUCAACUUUCAAGAGUGAUGUGCUGUGUAAAAUUUGUGGUGAUGGUGGACAUCCAACUAUUGAUUGUCCGGUUAAGGGGACAACUGGGAAGAAGAUGGAUGAUGAGUACCGCAACUUUUUGGCAGAGUUAGGAGGUACAGUCCCUGAUUCUUUGGCCAAAGCUGAAGAUUCUUCGUCCCCUGUUGGGUCUGGUGGUGCUGGAAGCAAUCCACCUUGGCAGAGUAGCAGUAAUGCCAGUAGCGCACAUGCGGGUUUGGGCUCUAAUCCUAGUAAACCUAAAGAUUAUGAUGAUACCAACUUGUAUAUUGGCUACUUGCCACCUACUCUUGAUGACGAUGACUUGAUACGCCUUUUUACUCCUUUUGGUGAGAUUGUGAUGGCUAAGGUUAUAAAGGACCGUGUUACUCAGUUGAGUAAAGGGUAUGGUUUUGUGAAGUAUUCCAGUGUUGAACAGGCCAAUUCUGCCAUUAAUGGUAUGAAUGGCUAUCGUUUAGAUGGACGGACUAUUGCAGUUAGAGUUGCUGGGAAACCUCCUCAACCCACCGCUCCCCAGCCUCCUGCUGCUCCAGCAAUGCCACCGUAUCCAGCUGCAAAUCAAGCUCCAGGCGCUUAUCCGUCUCAGCAAUUCACAUCUGGUGGGCCUCUAGGUAGCUCUGCUCCAGGGAGCUACGGUAAUCCUGUUCCUUGGGGACCACCUGUCCCUCCCCCUCCUUAUGCUUCCUAUCCCCCUCCGCCACCUGGAUCAAGUUAUUAUCCUCCUAUGCAGAAUCAGUCUGUGCCUCCUUAUGGUGUUCAGUAUCCUCCUCCGCCUGUUCCUAGUAGCACUUCCACACAAACUGUACCUCCUGGUGAUGCACAUCAAAAUUUCCCGCCUGGUGUGCAAUCUCAGAGUAGUGCAUCUGGUCAAUCCCCUACAUCUAGUGUAUAUGGUUCAGCAGCUACUUUGGCACCGCCUGCACCACCUGCCUACUUGCCUUCUUAUGGCUAUGCACCUUAUUAUGGAGCACCUCCUCCCCCACCUCCUGCUGAUCAGGCACAAAACAUGCAGAAUGUCCCAUGGGCUUCAAAUCCUCCAGCGCCACCUGUAUCAGCUUCAGAACAGUCAUCCCAGGGAGUAGAUAUGGAGUAUGAGAAGUUCAUGGCAGAGAUGAAAUAAUUCUUGUUUUGGCAUACUGCUUAAAUGCAAUGAGGCAUCAUGUUUCUUGGAGCUGUUGUGAACCUGAUUUCUUACAUAUUGCCAUGACUUGUUGGAAGUUUAGGACUCACCUCUUUAACCUUGCUGUACUGUUAUGACAUUUGCAGAGACGUGGGAUACAAGUUGAGCUCCUCCAGCCUCUAUUAAACUAGCAAUUCUGAAGUUCAUCUAUUUUACGUUUUCUUAUGCAGGACUUCUCUGUACUGGGAUCUCAUGGCAUUCAUGGAUCUGCAUCUAUUUUUGUUUGAUAUUAUUUUUGCUGUCAAGAUAGCUAUAUGUUACCUGGAUAAGACUUGCUGAUCCUGUAUUGUAUUUUUUUGUCAACUUUAAUGUUUCACCUUCAUACUUUUUCUUAAUAUCCUAAUUUUUUUUUCAAGUGAUUACCACGUGUUCCUUUCCUCACUGUGGUGGAAGUUUUCUUGUUGACAAUGCUGCUCACUGAUGGUAUGUUCAGAGCCUCGAUAGCUGUUCCUGCAGGAUGGAAAAGGCUCCUAUGGGGGGUUUUUGAUUACUUGACAUUUAUAAAUCUACCCAAGCCAUUGAUUUUUUCACAUGCCAGAUGACAUUGCUAAUGUAAUUAUUGAGCUGUUAUUGGCAGGUUAAAUAGCAAUUCCUUGUGGUUGUAUGCUUGGAUUCUGCAAGGGAGAAUGUUGCUGCUUUUUGGAUGAUCCAUGAAUUUUGUGACUUCAUAAAUUCUUCUUCUAGUUAUUGAUAAUUAGUCUGAUUCUACAACUCUCUAGAUGUACUAUGAUAGAUUGAUAGCUCAGAUUAUGUUAUAAAUCCAUUGUUGUGCUUCAUUAAUUUUAGUAGAAGUCUCUACAUAAGUUAUACCCUUUGAGGUUUGAUCAUUCCCUGGGUAUUGGUGGUACCUAGAGAAGAUAUACUAUUAAGAUAGACAACCAGUGAUAGUUUUGGUCUAGACUUGUGUUGUUGAGAAACUUGAGAUUUAAAGAAGUAUUAUAAGGAUAGGUAAGGUACAUUAGAGUCAUCAAUAAGAGGGAGAAUGAGGAUGUGUAAAGAACUACAUCAUUUAAUGUUCAUAUUAAGGGUAUGGAACAGCCCGUUGUCUCGUAUUUGUAUGGAAAUUGAAUCUGGAUUUUGUAAUUAUCAGGUUAACCUUGAAUA